AACGCGUCAAACGCUAGCGCGAGAUGCGAUGAGGAAGAGCAGGGCCGAAUGUCUUGAGCUUAUCAGCUCCGUCAAGACGAUCGCCACCGCAAAGGCAGUCCACGUACAGAUCGUCGAUAAGAUCUUCCUCGACGAUGUCUUCCUCUGCAACAAGCUCAUCGAGAUGUAUGGCCGCUGCCGGAGCUCACGCGAGGCACGCACCAUCUUCGACGCGAUGCUCGCCAGGGACUCCUUCUCCUGGGACACGAUGCUGCUGGCGUACACUCGGACCGGCAACCUCGAGCAAGCCAAGCAGAUCUUCGAUGAGAUGCCCAGCAAGAAUCUCAUCGCCUGGACGAGCCUGCUGGUGGCAUUCUCUUCCAGCGAAGACUUCCACCAGGCCAAGCUCCUCUUCGACCAGAUGCCCGAGAGAGAUGAAGUCGCCUGGAACGCGAUGCUGGCUGUAUAUGCCCAGAAUGGGUGCCUGGAAGACGCUACGCUGCUGUUCCAGGAAAUGCCCAGCACCAACCUGGUGUCGUGGAACACUCUGCUCGACGCUUUUGUGGAGGCUGGGAAGCUGGAAGAGGCCGGGGACUUGUUUCACAGGAUGCCACUGCACGACUUGAUCUCCUGGACGACUAUCCAUCACGCUUAUGCCCGGUUUGGGUAUAUAGACGAGGCAAAGCUCGUCAUGGAGGCUAUGCCCGAGAGUGACACAGUCUGCUGGACAGCGAUGCUUUCGGCGUAUGCUCAGCUGGGGAGCCUGGACAGUGCCAAGGCUACGUUUGACUACAUGCCGCAGAGGGACCUGGUCUCUUGGAACACGAUGCUUGCGGCGUAUACUCAAAACGGACGCCUCGACGAUGCAAAGUUCGUGUUUUGGGGGAUGCCCGAGAGGGACUUGUUCUCGUGGACGACGAUGCUGGCUUGUUACGUCGAAGAGGGGCAUUUGGAGGAGGCCAGGAGGGUGUUUGACGGCAUGCCACAGCGAAACGUGAUCGCUUGGAACGUCAUUCUAGCGGGGUACGCACAGGUCGGGCUCAUGGAUCGAGCAACGCUACACUUCGACUCGAUGCCGUUUCGAGACUUGAUAUCCUGGAACAUCAUGCUCGGCGGCUACGUCCAGAUCGAAGGUGGUCUUCGCGAGGCGGAGGUGUUCUUUCGGGGGAUGCCGCAGCACAACUUGGUGUCGAGGAACACGAUGCUCACAGCGUUCGCCCAGGCCGGAUUCAUCGAGAAGUCGAGGGAUUGCUUCUCAUCGAUGCCGGAGCACAACCAAGUCUCGUGGACGUCGAUGCUGGCGGCGUUUGCUCACAACGGCCGGGUCGAGGAGGCCAAGUUCACGUUCCUGUCGAUGCCGCAGCGAGACUUGGUCGCCUGGAACGCGAUGCUGGCGGCCUACGCUCGAAACGGACAGCUCCUCGAGGCGAAGCAGGCUUUCAGCGACAUGCCCGAGCGGAGCCUGGUUUCGUUCAACGGCAUGCUCUCGGCCUACGCGCAAAACGGCCAUCUCCGGCUCGCCAGGCAGCAGUUCGAUCGCAUGCCCGAGAGAGACCUCGCUUCGUGGUGCGCAAUCUUGGCGGCGUACACCCAGAACGGAGGACACACCAGCGGCAUCGUCGAGCUCUUCAACGCGAUGAAGCUCACGGACAUGCAUCACGGGGCGUGCUUCGUGGCGGUGCUCGUCGCGUGUAGCCGAGCCGGGAAGCUUUCGGACGGGAGGAGAUGGUUUGGAUCGCUGCUCGUCGACUUUGGCGAGCGGCCGACGAGGCAGCACUACUGCUGCAUGGUGGAUCUCUUGGCUCGGGCGGGGCACUUGGACGACGCGGAGGCGCUGGUGGUGGAGAUGCCGCUGGGCUCGAGCGCGCUCCAGUGGAGGUGCCUGCUUGGAGCUUGCGGGAAUGGCUAUGGCGGUGUCGAGCAGGGUGGCCGGGUUGCGAGCUCCGUCCUGGGCUUGGAUGGAGGCGAUGGAGCUGGCUAUGUUCUUCUCAGCAAUCUUUGCUACUCGGUUGGAGCUCCGGAGAAUUGGAUUGCUCGAAAGGAGAGGAAGAAGCUCGCGGCAAGAGCUCCAAGAUGAAAUUUUUGUUGUCUAGAAACUUAGUUUAUAUACGUUCAAUUAUUGAUCUGAUCAAAUAUGUUAUAGCACACAAUCACAUGAAAUCUUGAUGUUCAUGCGA